CACAGUCGCGCGCAUGCACACGCACUCCGAAGCAUACAUUGGUUGAUGCUGAUCAGUACAAUAAUAAAGACUAGGCUAUUCCUUCAGCUUGCUUCCUGAUCGAUAUUGGCAGCUUAUUGAUAUGAUAUUGAAGCUGUUGUAAUAUACAACCCUUUGUUUAAAGGAAAGCCUGGGGGGGGGGGGGACAUACCGCCCUUUGCAAUGAGGUAAACAUCAUUCCCGUCUACGACUCUGGCAGCUGAAUCUCCAGACCAUUUGGGUGUGACCUGCCCCUGUCGCCUGACCCCUCCCUUCUAGCCACUGCGACCCCUCUCUGCUUCUCCAUGUUUACUUUGUGGUGAGAGAUGGGAGAGAUGCUCUUCUCUGUGACCCUCCAUCACCUCCUUCUGGCAGGGGUUUGUCUCUGCGUCUACAGCACCCCAGUCCCGCCCCUCCAUGACUACGCACCCUCCACACAGGACAGUGGCUGUGAUGGACAAGCUGGAGAGCCAAUGGAGGGAGAGCCCUGUUUAACACCAGCAACACCUGCCAGUGUCAUAUCAACAAGUGUCCAAUCUGGGCCCUCUGAUCCUGGCAGACUGUCCUAUGGGAUGGCAGAACACAUGACUGGCAGCUGGACUGACCUAUCAGAGAAUGUAGGAGCAGUGGGAGGCACUGGCCCAGAUGUGGACGGAAGCGAACCAGGGGGGAUAGAGCCAGUGACGCAGGUAGGAAACAGGGACAGUCAUGGACGAGGAGUGGCUGGGGCUGAGAGCCAGGGGAGGGAGGCUAAGACGGGGGCUGCCUCUGAGAGCUUGUUUGAGGGGAAGGAGACUCACAGACAGCCUGCAGAAGCUCCAGAACUCUACACAGACAAAGAGAUGAGAGAAGGGCCCGAAGAGAAAACCAUGGAGAAUGUACCUAUUACCACCACUGGGGCAAUGUUAGCUUCCAUAGGAGAGAAGCAGGGGAUGACAGUGGCCAUGAAUACAUCUAGAGCUGCUUUACAUGAUGCCUCCGCAGCAGCCAGAGCCCCAGAGCCAGACAGCCAGUCAGGGACGCACCCAGCUGGGGAGAGGAGAGACCUCAUCCUAGAAGAGAGGCCAGACCUCCAUGGAGGAGAGGACGGGGAACUCAGACAGAGCUUGACCGACGUCGGAGCUCCUCUUCUGGGCCAGGAGACAGAGACGAGCAGACCAAGCUCCUUAUCUCCCCAAAGCAUCCUUAAACACUCACCUUUGACCUCCAUCCCUCCGUCAGUAUGGGGAUCCAGAGGAGAAGCUUCAUUGCUGCCCCCUAGUGGUCUAGAGGCCACCGGCUCUGCCACUCCGUGGCACCAAGAUGGAGAGACAGCGCCUGCUCUCUCAAACCCCUCCCUGGCCGACCUUGGACCGGCCCUGACAGGAUCCUCCAGACAGGAUGACCCUGACAGCCUCUGGACUGAACCACUGCAGCGAAAUGAGGCCAUGGAUGCCAGUGCCCCUCCCUUGCAGGACGCGGCCACAGAGGGCACGAUGUCCUCGGAGGACCUCCCCCUCAUCUUCGAGCCCUUUGAUGUCACACCCGAAGGGGCGGGGGUAGCAGCGGCCACUCUCUCGCCUGACAACUCACAGCCGUCUGUCGCCAUGGUUACCACGGGGAUGCUGCUGUCAGAGGCGGAUCUCGACCAGGUGGUCACUGCGGAUACAGAUGACACAGGGCCAUCCCAUGUCCCGUCCCCAGUGCUACCAGAUUGGACGUCGCCAUGGCAGACAUCCGGGGCUGAGAUCUCUGAGCCCAUCAGCCCCUCUGGUUCACCCAUAGACCCGCCCCCUUCAGAGGCAGAACAGCUAGUACACCAGUCUGACACAGAUGGCGGUGAGACCAUACAGAACCCAGAGGAAACCCCGCCAACAUCCGAACCCAAUCCUAUAAGCACCACCUCCCAGCAGAUCACCAUGACAAUGGUCACCAAGACAACCAAACUGCCUGCAGCCAAAUCAGGUCUGGAGGAACUGGAGUCUGAAGAGGAGCCAGAGGAGGAUGAGGAGGAUGAGAACACGGAGGAGUCAGAGGAAGAGGACAGCGAAGAGGACCUGAAUGAGACCCCCAUCCCAGCCCCCACCCGACCUCCCUACAGCCUCAUCCCCCCACCCCCUGUCUGGGUGCAGCGCAAUCAGGGCCUGAUGCGUAGAUGGGUGGAACUGAUCAGAGAAAAGGCAGGGUAUGUGUCUGGGAUGUUGGCCCCGGUGGGCAUUGGCAUCGCAGGGGCCCUGCUUAUCGUUGGGGCCCUCUACAGCAUCAGGAUGAUCCACCGUAAGAGGAACAGCUUCAAACACCAGCGCAGGAGGAAGGUCAGACACACUGAGCAACCCAGGGAGCCAAGCAGCAACGGGCAGGACCAAGCCAUGCUAUUGGCUGACAGCUCCGAGGAUGAGUUCUGAUCCCUCCCACAGCCCUGUGCAUCACAUCUCCAUGACUACCACAUCGCCAAUCACUAUGGGCCGCCUGGCUAUGAGACAAUGGGGGAAGUGGGAGUACUACUGACAGACUGAUGGGUUUUUGACAUGUAAAACAUGGUCGAAUGUUUGCACACCUACGUAGUUACAGGUGCACAGAGGGAAAAUUAUAGAACAUUUUAAGAGACUCCAGGCUAUUGACAUUCUUGUAUGAUCCACGUGUUGAUCGCAAACCAGUUUGAGAUCCUUUUUAAACACACACUGCAUAAAGGGAUGUCAGUGUGCUGAUGCCUCUUCUUUCUUUAAACGACUGGCUCUGUAAUUAAAACGCACCUACAUGGCAUACAAUAGGCUCUCAGUUUAUAAACUUAGCAGGGUUACAUUUCAAUAGUCUAAAGUGGCUUCCUCUCCUUGUCUCCUUUCCUACAUUUAGGAAGCCAUUUUAGGAAGGAAGCCACUUCAGACUAUAGAGAUCCACUUACUGGAGUAAGAUUGCCAGAUACUAUAUUGUUCAUAGCACAUCAUAGACACUG